UUACUAAGAGAAAAAAGAUAGUAGUAGAGGAGGAAGGAGGAGGGGACUAAAUGAUGAAUCCAAAAGACAAGUACAGAGAGUGGUGCAAUUAUUAAAUUCUUAGAAUUCUUCCUAAGCAACAGAGAAUUUCCUUUUUUUUCCUUCUCAUCUUAUUCUCUUUUUCCACCCCCCACAAAAGAGAAAGUAUAGAAUUUAUCACCAUUUCCUUCUUAAACCCAAAUUCUAUGUGUGUGUUUUUUGAUUCCCAAUUUCACACACAUAUUGAGAACAAAAAAAGAAAAAAAGAGUACUGAAAUUCAUUCAUUCUUAGAUACAUCUUUCUUUCACUCUCCUCCUCUCCACUUCACCACCUAGUAGAAUAUAUCUCUGUUAGCUCUAGUUUCUUCUGCUGUUGCUGUAGUGGAGCAUAUAUACAUGAUAUGGUGAUAAUGAUAGAAUAAUAUUAAGAUCAUAAUAUUUUUGAUUCAUCUUCGAGCAGUGUUUUUGAUCAGGUAGGUAGCCAUGAACAGUAUAAGAUGCUGCAUAUCUUGCAUUCUACCAUGUGGAGCUCUAGAUGUUAUAAGAAUCGUGCAUUCGAAUGGAAAAGUGGAAGAGUUUACGCGAACGAUCCGAGCUGAAGAUAUAAUGAAAGCAAAUCCUAAACAUGUUCUCAAAAAACCCACAUCAUUAUUAUCAAAUGAUGGAGAUUGUGCUGUUCAGAAGAUCGUUAUAGUUCCACCUGAUGCUGAAUUACAGAGAGGGAAGAUUUAUUUCUUGAUUCCUGCAGCAACAAAUUCAGUAGAUCCCAAUAAAAGAAGAAGCCGCGAUCGAUCAUCGCCAGCCAAUUCUGGUGUAAGAAGAGCUAAUAAGAUCAAAAAGGCGGUUACAGAAGAGAAUAAUAUCAAUAGUCAUUCAAUGAGCACUGCUAAUGAAAUUCUUAUCUCUGAUAGGUAUUUGAAGGAAAUACUAUCAGAAAGUAAAGUUUCGUCUUCGAAUCACAGAGAUCGAAGAAGGGGAAGGAUAGGUGUCUGGAGACCUCAUCUUGAAAGUAUUUCAGAAAUCCCGAUCAGUGAACCAUUACUACUAUAAAAUUUGUUAAGGUCGCCGCCGGUAUGUUUUUAUUACUACUGCUAUCUAUUACAGAGAGAUUGAUGCAUGCACGAUGAUCACGGCCGAUCAUUGUGAAUGUUUAUUCAGCCGAGAGUACAGAGAUUUUCUUUAAACUACUUUUUUUUCCUUAGAAAUUAAAAAAUAUGAGAGUUAUGAUUUCUUCUUUUUUGUAUAUAAAUCAUAAAUACCAAUGCAGUUUUAUUUUGGGUUUUCUUUGUUUGCAUUUCUUGAUCGGAUGAUCGUUCUGUGUCAUUCAUAUGCCGAUGAGUUUUGAAUUCAGAUGAUCGUUCUGUAUCAUUCAGAUGUUGAUGAGUUUUGAAUUGUAUCAUUCAGAUGUUGAUGAGUUUUGAAUUCA